CCCCACACAGUAAACAAUGCUACCCACUUGGCUAACAGAGGAAUACCUGCAACCCAGGUUGAGGGAUUACUACAAGGACGAUCAGCUUAAGGUCCUCAAAAUCUGGGACAAGCAGGCGACGGAAAAGGGUCAGAACUACGUUGGCCUCAUGACCCGUAUUCACGUGGACUAUCAGCAGGGCGACGGAGUAGUUCAGAACAGGACCUACAUCGUCAAGCAGGCCCUCUCCGAAAAUGUCCCCCAAGCACAGAUUUUCAUAGAGUACGACGUGUACAACCGUGAAAUGGACAUGUACGAGUUCGUCCUGCCGAAGAUGAAGGAACUGCUCCAGGAAGCAGGCCUCGAUGGAAAGAUUACGGCAGAUGCCAUCACCGUGGACCGGGAGUACAGCACCAUGAUACUGGAAGACCUGGCGCAGUCCAAUUUCGUUAAUGCGGAUCGAGUCAAACAGCUGGAUCUGGCUCACACCAAACUGACUUUGGAGCUGUUGGCCAAGUUUCAUGCAUCCUCCGUAGUCCUGAAACAACGCCACCCGAAUCUCCUGACCAAGAGCCUUUUUACUCACUUCUUUGCGCGUGACAAAAAGGGCUACACCGAGGUAUUCAACGGUAUAUUUAGGGCCUUCAUGAGGUUCAUUAAUGAGCAUCCGGAGUUAAAGCGGACAUACGGCGGCAAAUUGGAGAAAUUCAGUGGUUUGAUUAUGGAGUAUGGGGCUAGGAUCUUCGAUGUGAACGAGGACGAACUGCAAACUUUGAUCCACGGCGACUGCUGGACCACCAACAUUAUGUUUCAGUACGACGAUGCGGGCACUCCCCGGUCAGCAAUAGCCAUAGAUUUUCAGUUCAGCAACUACACUUCCCCCGCCGUCGACUUGCACUACUUCUUCACCGUUUCCCUCAGGGAGGAGGUUCAGGACCUGGAACCGGCACUCGUUGAUAAAUAUUAUAGCGACCUGAAAGCAAGUCUGGAACAGCUUGCCUAUGCGGGUGCUAUCCCGAGCCUUCAAGAGUUCCGGCUUCAGUUCGAACGUCGCCGAUUCUUGUCUCUGUUAGCCCAUCUCUUCAAACCUCUUAUUAUCUACAACGGCAGUGAAGUGACCUCAGACUUUUCUAGUGUAUACAAGGAAACCGAGGAGGGACUUCGGUUUCAGAAGUCUAUCUACGACAGCGAGGCUGUGAUCAGAAGUGCAACCAGACUGCUAGCCAUUCUUGAUGACAAGGGUUUCUUGGAUCUUCAGUAGUCUAACCCAUCGGUAUCACUCAGAACUACCAUGGGAAUAAUAAUGAUAUAUGUUUUACAAACAACUUUGCUUAUCACUUUAAUAAAAUAUGUAAAUAAGAAUUAUAUAUGAUAUCUCAGGUCAACUAUUAUUAAUUAAAUACAUCUUUCAAGUCU